AUGUAUAACAUUGUUAUUUUUCAAGAAACAGAUGAAGUUGAAGUGGUGCCAGCAGAAUGGGUUAGCAAUGGAGUCUGUCUGUGGCCGCCAUACAAAAGCUGUAAAAUGAUUAAGGCAGCCAGAAAUAAAGAGCAGCCAAGGCAAGGAUGGAGGUCCUACCAAGUUAAAUUGAUUUACACUGCAGAUACAUAUGCAGAGGCCAGACUGAAGCUUCCCCUAGCCGAAAACUUAACCGAUCUUCAAACACAAGAUGAGGCAGAAGAGGAGUUGCCCAAAAAGUCAAAACGAAAAAAAGUUCACAAGACGGCCGACCCCAGAGCUGAGCAGACGGCCGACCCCAGAGCUGAGCAGACCGCCGACCCCAGAGCUGAGCAGACCGCCGACCCCAGAGCUGAGCAGACAGCUGAGCAGACCGCCGACCCCAGAGAUAAUAUAAAAGUUGGAUUGUUAUUUUUAGGUGCUGUAAGACACAACAGGGGAACAUCAAAAGCCACAGCUCAAGAAAUUGAGAUGUGGAUAAAGAGAUGGCUACACCUGUCCAUGGACCGUGAGGGAGGAAGGCGAGAAAGACAAGAACGGAGAAGAGCCAGGCUAGGAAACCAGCAUCUCAUGUUAAUAUUUAAAGCGGACCACCGCUUUGAACAUUUUUAGUUGUUCCCCUCAAAACCAUUUGGACUUUGGAUAUGUUUUGCUGACCAUUGCUGUUCUCAUUUGGAAAUGGAAAACUAGUUCUUGUUUUUAUAAUGACAAGAUGCAUGCAAACAAUUGAUCUUAAUGCAAGUCAUUUAUUCAUGUGCACGUUAAAGGGGAAUUCCACCAAUUUCAAUGAAUUUAAAAACUUUUAAGAUUAAUUCAUUAAUUACAUUUUCUGAAGCAUUAAGUUCUUGACAUGUAAAGUCAUUCAGAGUGGUUUGAUAUGAAAUAUUUGAUUACAGAGAAACUUACUGACUGAUUUCUUUACAGUAGUGAUGAUAGGAACCAGGGGUCACAACACAAAUAUAGAUAUUUUAUUUACUACCCAAAACCACCAGUAAAUCUACUUAGUUUUAUGUGUAACAUUGAUGAUGGUAAAAUAGUCAUGAAUCUGAAAAAUAAGCUUUUUUUGUGACAAUUUGCCUUACAAUACCCUUCCUUCCUCCAUGAACUGAUUAAAUGAAUAAAAUGUUAAAUGAAUGAAAAAUGUUUUAGACCAAAAAUUGUAUCAAAAACUACCAUGAAACAGUGUCUCAGUCAUCAGGCAGUGUAGUCGUAGCCAUUUCAUGUAGUAACUUUCUGUGAGGGAGCCUUUAGAGGUGGACGUCUGGUUCCUAUCACCACCACUGUGAACAAUUCUGACUCGGUAAGUUUCUCGGAGCAUUUCAUACCAAACCACUCUGAAUGACUGCUUACAUCUUAACGCCAUGA